UCGAAAAUUGGACGUUAAAGGCUGGUCAAUUUUGAUCUUUUCCAUUCAUAUUGAAUUUUAUACAUCCAGUAAAUAGAUGCCAUACAAUACUUAAAAUAGCUCACUUUUGUCAUCUGUUGACGCUCUAUCUUUUGGUAUGUGGGAUGAAAAAAUUCUCUGAUUUGUAGAAGUAUAAUGUAGUGUAGACAUUUAGGAGAUAAUGAAUCGCUAUUUUGUCGAUGGCAGAUAGGUAGUGCUAAAAAGCCGAUCAAGGCUAACUUUUCUAUAAAAAAUUCACAUAAAGUAAACAUUUAAUGUUUUAGAUGAUGAUCUUUCGAAUGAGUAUGAAAAAGUCAAAGAAAAUCAAAUUUUGAGAACUUCUUCGUAUAAUUGGAUCAUUCUCGACAUUCUCACAAAAAAUUUUUUAAGUACUUGCUACAUCCACUUAAAAUAUUAUAGCUACUAUUGUAAAAAUGUGAAAAAAGAAACAAGAAUAUUAAAAAAGCAGUUAAAAUUGUCAUUGUUUUAAAGAAUAUGGUAAAGAAAAAGAGUGAGGCUACAAAACUUUUUUAUUCUAUGAUUUUUUCCAAGAAAAAGAAACAUAUUUUGCUGGAAACAAUGUAAAUUUGUUAAAGUGAAUGAGAAAAGGCACUCCUUGCACUUCUCCGUCGACAUCACACUCUUGUUUGUUUUUUACUUUCUUGUUCAUAGUAAUGUUGAUUUAGGCCGCUUUUUUUUCUUCUUUUUCUUUGUAGCACAUGUAUUUUUCACUUGAAAUUUUUCAACCAAGUGUGGAAUCUCCUACUAAAAUAUUUUGGUACUCGUUGGUUUUUUAAUAAGAUUAAACAUGAUUCAUAGGUAUCUUUUUGUUAAUUUAUCAAAAGAACAAAAGAAAAAAAUCUGUUGACCAAAAAAAAAGAUUGUCUUCACACAUAGUGAAACAGCACAAAAUGAAGCGAAAAAAUUGUAUUGGAUUCGAUCAGCAUCUGUUUCAAUUGUUUCUCAGUUCCCAUUCAUACUUUUUUUUUUUACAUCUUCUAUUGAUUGGAAAUAUCUGUAGAUAUAAUGUGUACCAUAUUGUAAAUAGCAUGAAUUAUAACCUUUAUUCUUUUUCAAAUGUAUUGAUAUAAAGUAGGUUUUAAUCAGACAAUAAAGUGCCUAUUGACAUAAGUUUUGAGAAAUUUUUAAACCCAUGUAGAAAAUAGUCAUAUUUUCACUUUUUGUUUGAAUGUGAAGUUUGCUACAGUUCUUAUGAACUCUUUUUUUUUUUUGGAUCGGAUAUUGUAUUUCACUACAUACUACUGCAUGUUAGUGAUUUCAAAUGAAAACAGUUGACAUUGAAAUCAUGCAGCAGACAUAAAAAUUCAUUUGUUUUCAAAUUCAUUAACUCAAGAUCAAAAAGAACAUUUUUAUGAUCGUUUGACUAUUUAUGCAUUAUGAAUGAAUUCAAGUUUUUCAGCCCUGAAUUUACGCUGAACGAUAUAGCCAAUUUUGUUGCACAUUUUUUAUUCACAGAUUAACCGUUACUGUUGACGUAAAAUUUGAUAGAACCCGUCAAAUUUGAUAAGUACAAUAAGUUUUAUGCUGUAGGAAUAUUAAUUAUUUUUGUGCCACUUUCUUUUUUGAUCUAUGGAUUUCUAUUCUUGUACAGCAGCAUAUGAUCCAUGUUUUAUUAUCUGAUAAUGCUGUUUUAGAAACCUUCUAAAGCCUUGGAAAAGACAAAAAACGUGCCUUACUCUUUAUGCGCCACUCGUUCGAUGUAUCUUUGCUUUGCGUGGUUCAAAACAUUUUAGUUAUUCUUCUUCUCUGAUUUUUUUCUGAUCAAGAUGCUGCUUAUGUAAAGCAUAGUCUCUAACUCAUUUGAAUAAUAAUAAUAAUAUGCGCUUGACUGACAUAUAUAGACACACAAUAUUUUCAAUAAAAAAAAGUCUUAUGUUUCAUGAAGGAAAUAAAAAUUAAAUAUUUAGUUGAUAAGAAAUUAUGCAUACAGAGUGACAAAUAAUUACAUUCAUUCAUUCAUUCGAUUUUAUUUGGCAUCAUCUAAAUACAUUUAUUUGUUUAUUAUUGGCUCCCUAUUUAUCAACGGUAAUGAUGACUUUAGUGUUUUAUACUCUUCAUUCAUAUGUAAAAUUAGCAGCCAUAAAAAAAAGAAAAAGUAGCAUUUAUGUGUUUAGAAAAAGAAAACUUUUUUUAUACCUCCUUUACUUUGACAAUUGUUUGUUCAAUUAAUAUCAUACUUUUUUUUUCAAUUCCUAUUUCAUUAUUCUUAGUUUCAAGUAUUGAUGCCAGGGUUACAUCAGAAUAUUUUUGACGUUCUUUUUUUUUGUUGUCUAUUACAGUAAAUAUGUAAUGAUAAUAAUUGCAUAUAAAAUAUGACAAGUAUAUAUUUUCAUAUAGACUGUCGAUAGCGUGAACAAAGAAAUUUGAGAAGCUAAAUUACUUUUUUCAAUCAGACUAAUUAAACUAGUGCUCUAGUAGUUUAUUUCAAGAAAAAAAAAAAAGAGAAAAAAGAAAAGAAGCAUGAAAAAAAAGUCAUUAUGAAGAGUCAUAUGUUGAAAUACUAUGAUUCAUUUCAAUAAUCACUAAAGUGUGUUUCUCAUUUUUAAAUAGCAAUCAAGAAAAACACAAAAUGACAAAUUCUAAUAGUAAGUCUUUUCUUAAUAUUAACAAUCGAAUUUCAAAUUUACAUUUAGUGACUAAUGACAACGUUAAUAGCUGGGUCGUCUUAUUCAAUGUACCUAACACACUAUGUUGGUUUCGUAUUGUACUUUUGUUUGUCAGUAUUCGAUAUUUCGGGUAUGAAAUGAUUUAAAAAAAAAUGUUCAUUUUUUAAAGCAACAAAAAAAGGAAAGAAUGUAUCAUAUAUAGAAAAUUAAAAAAAAAUAUCUUUACAUGCUUUGAAAUUAAUCGAUUCAGUUAGAACAAAAGUUCCUAUCAUUAAAUAUUUAUUUUUAAGACUGUUCUAUAUUGAUAUUACAAAAUAGAAAAAACUGUUUUUUCCUUUUCUUUAGUCAACGAAAUUACUUAUUAUUUGUUAUUUAUCAUACAGUAUCAGGUUUUCUUGAUUCUCUUGAUGGUAUAUUUGCACGUCAUUUAAAUCAAAAGUCAUUAUUGGGUGCAUAUUUUGAAUUUAUAUUAGAUACAUAUGCACAUUUCGUAAUGUAUGCAUGUAUUGGAUUACUCUAUCCAUCUUAUAUAGUUUAUUUUUAUAUUGAAAUUGCACUUGAAUUAUGGAAUAUAAUGUUUAAUUCUCAUGUAAAUGCAUUACCAAAAUCAAAUCUGGCAUGGUUACAUAAAACCACAUUUUUAUCAACAACAUGUUCAGUAUCGAUUUAUCAUAGUCCAAAUCUUCGUUUAUUCAAUUGGUAUGGACCAGAUAUAUUUCAUACCGUAUUAGUUCUACGGUAUAUUCUCGUUGAUGAUAAUAAUAAAAAAUUAAUUCGAUAUAUUCAACGUUAUAUUACGUUGAAUAAACUUUAUUUAUUUAUUAAAAUUAUACUUAUUUUUACUGGGUUUUUUUCGAUAUUACGUACAAUCAAUAAAACUCAUCAAAGUAAUUUAUUUUUCUGGUUUUUUCCUUCACAAAAUGGUAAUACAAAUGCACCAUUACUUGUAUGGUUACAAGGUGGACCAGGUUCAUCAUCUUUAUUUGGUUUAUUUGCUGAACAAGGUCCAAUUAUGGUUGAUAAAGAAAAAAAACUUCAUCCAAAUGAUAUAACAUGGAAUUCAAAAUAUCAUCUACUUUAUAUUGAUCAACCAGUUGGAACAGGUUAUAGUUUUACUAAAAGUGAACAAGGUUAUGUACGUAAUGAAGAUGAAGUAGCUCGUGAUUUAUAUUCAAUGUUAACACAAUUCUUUCAACUAUAUAAUGAAUAUGUAUUAUGUCCAUUUUAUGUUACUGGUGAAUCUUAUGGUGGAAAAUAUGUACCAGCUAUAGUUUAUAAAAUUCAUAUUGAAAAUCCUCAAGCUAAAGUAAAAAUCAAUCUUAAAGGUAUGGCUAUUGGUGAUGGUCUUAUAGAUCCAUAUAAUGAAUGGGAUUAUGGACCAGCAAUGUAUCAAUUUGGAUUAAUUGAUGAACAGCAAUUGGAACUUGUUAACUUACAAACAUCAUUAGCACGAACUGCAAUAGAACUGAAGCAAUAUUUAUUAGCUUAUGCAAUAUUUAGCAAUUUAUUGGAUUUGUUUUAUACAGAAAAAACUGGUUUAAAUGAUGUUUAUAAUUAUUUAUUAACACAAUUACCAGAUGCAUUUGGUUAUUAUGUACCAUGGGUGACAGCAAGUGAAAAUCGCCGUAAAAUUCAUGUUGGACAUCAACGUUAUAAUGAUGGUGCAGUAGUUGAUAUUGCUCUAGCAAAUGACAUUAUGCAGUCGAUUGUCGGAAAAGUUGUUGAAAUCGCUAAUAAUAAUUAUAAAAUACUGAUUUAUAAUGGUUUACUCGAUGUUAUUAUAGCAUCAUCAUUAACUAUGGAUUGGGUUGAUAAACUUCAAUGGAAAUAUGCUGAUGAACUUCGAAGUGCUGAACGAAAAAUUUGGAAAGUUAAAGAGGACGAUAAAGAAGUAGCUGGUUAUUUAAAACAAGCACAUUCAUUUUAUGUUGCUUGGGUUCGAAAUGCUGGUCAUAUGGUACCAGCUGAUCAACCAAGAGCUGCAUUUGAUCUUAUUGAUCGAUUUAUAUCAGCUUAA